AUGGACCGAGAUAGACUGCUUCAGUUAUCAGAACGACCUCUAAUGGAAAAGGUGCAAAACGCCACCUAUUUAACUUUUUUAGUGAUAGGAAUUGGUCUUUUAUGGCCAUGGAAUAAUAUUUUGAGCGCUACGUUGUAUUUCCAAAAUAAUUUAUUUCAAGUUUCAUCGAUUUAUGCUAAAUUGUUCACUAGUUCCAUGAUGAGCGUUUCCACGGUCACGUCCUUGGGUUACAAUCUAUAUCUGGCUCCAAGACAACAUUCUUACACGAGCCGUGUUAUUAAUGGGUUGAAAUGGCAAACAAUUACUUUUAUUGCUCUAACUUUGCUUUGUACGAUGUCCUCCUGGCUUCCUAUGGGAAUAUCGUUCAUCUUGGUUAUGGUUUUGGUGAGUAUGAGUGCCAUAUCAACAGCAUUGACCCAGAAUGGGGUAAUGGCAAUAGCUAAUGUGUUUGGACCAGAAUUCAGUCAAGGGGUGAUGCUGGGCCAAGCCAUUGCUGGUGUGUUGCCAUCCUUCGUUCUAUUCCUGGUAUCGUUCGCAAAUGCCAAUGAGGAAGCAGACGAAACGCAGAAUGAAAUCGGUGUGUUACUAUAUUUUCUAGUGACAUCCCUCGUAUCAUACGUCUGUAUCAUACUGAUCAAGUUUAGUGGAAUUCUAGAGAAAUUUACGAAUCUAACAGCUUCUGCAGAGAUUACAGUCGAUAACAGUAAUAAUGUAGAAGAAAUGGAGGUGCAAUCUAACAUUAAGGUCAAGGUCCGACUUAUUGUUCUCUACUACAAAUUGAAAUACUUGGCACUUUCAAUAUUCACAGCGUGCGUUGUGACACUAAUAUUCCCCGUGUUUGCUGCCAACACUCAUGUAGGGAGGAUACCUUUGAGCGAUGCACAAUACAUACCAUUAGUAUUCACGAUUUGGAAUGCAGGCGAUCUAUAUGGCAGAGUAUUGGCAGAUUUACCUACAUUCCGUGACCCGAAAUUCUCCACCUUCAAGACUUUCAUCUACUCCAUGGCUAGAAUUGCAUUAGUACCAUUUUUCUUCCUCUUCAUCAUCAAGAGCAAGUAUUCUCCAAAGUCGUUCAUACUGGACAUACUAUACUUACUACUACAGUUUCUUUUCGGUGUCACCAACGGACAUGUCAUUUCCAUCAGUUACAUGAAGGUUCCGGAAGAACUAACGACGGAUGACGAAAAGGAAGCUGCUGGCGGCUUCAUCAACCUAUUUCUGUCAACGGGACUCGCUGUAGGAAGCAUUAUCAGCUACAUCGUUGUAUAUUUUAUAGAUUUGUUACUUAAAUAA